UGGCCAGAUAGUAGCGACAGACUUUUCCAAGGAAACCUAGGUUGUAGCCCUGGGAAAGGCUGGGUACGAGGCUACUACAUACGUGUGUGUAGGUGGGGACUUUACCCAAACGUUCCACCACCGGAAGUCACUGCCAAACCUAUCGUACGUGUGCUUGUUUUGUAACAUAGAAGGGAGGGAAGGUCUAAGCUAAGCUUCCGGCCACGAGACGUCGUUCCCAGCAUUGGAGUGCCACGGGGACUGGGUUGACCAUUGAUCCAUUUAUUGUCAGCGAUUUUACCGGGAAAGGUCGUUUCAGAGUCGCUUUCGGAGAAGGACAGUCGGUACCACAGCCAUGUACAUAGAGUCUACACCUGGUACAAUCAGGCUCACUAACACUGGCGGCAAGUUCGUCUGAGCUAUCGGUGUCUACUUAUGCGCACAUCCUGACCAGGUAGAGUAGGCGGGACUUCCACGCACGACUCAACUGAAGUGCCAAUCAUGACGUUACCUAGCAACAACAGCCCUUCGGUGAUGACCACGCCCACCACUGUGUCCUUUCCAAGUCUCAACUCCACGAAUGUCACGAACUUCACGACAAUGUCGCCAAACGACACCGCCGAAGUCUGCAAAAACGACGAGGGCGGAGUCGUCCAAAUCAUCGGCACGGGGGUGUCCGUCCUCAUCAUUCUAGAGAACAUUCUCGUCAUCUGGGCUAUCGCGAGAAACAGGCGAGACUUCAGAAGGGUCACCUACUACUUUAUAGGGAACCUGGCCAUAGCGGACGCCCUGGCGGGGGUUGUGUUCUUGUACACGUUCUUGGUAAACGAUCUCCUCAAAGUCGCGGAUUCGCGGGAGGGUUGGAUCGCAAGAAAGGGUUUUCCAGUAGCGUUCUUCGUGGCCUCGCUGCUCAGUCUAGUCCUGGUGUCCAUAGAUCGCUACGUGCAGUUCGUCUACCCCAUGAAGUACAAGAACCUCCUGACGAAACACUGCUGCAAGGUCUUCAUCGUCAUUAUGUGGAUCCUGUCGCUGGGCUUCGUCAUAGCGCCCCUAGCGGGUUGGAACUGCAUCACAGCCAACUGUACCUGCACGGAAGGUCCCUACGCGUGCGAGGACGCCACUUGCUCGAUGGCGGUGCCGCCCUUCACCAAGAGCUUCGGCAUCACGUGCGUGGUUGUCUUCCUGGCCAGUCUAGUCGUCAUUAUAUUCUGUUACGCCGGGGUCUACAUAUCCGUCAGCCGCCAUCUCAAACGCAUGGCCACCUACACCUUCAGCGCCGCUACCGUGAAACUUACCGAAGUCACGGACAAGGAGGCGCCGCGGCAGCGCAUGUCGGACAUCCGACUGGCGAAAGCCCUGGCCAUCGUCCUGGGAGUCUUCCUGGCUUGCUGGUUCCCCGUCAUCUUUCUCAUCUUCAUGGACAUCAGCUCUUCCAGCGACGAAACUCCAUCUUUCGAGAACCGCGAGCGAAUGUUGUUCCUAGCGGACGUCUGUUCCAUCCCCGCCCUGUUGAACUCUGCUAUCAACCCGAUCAUCUACGCCUGCAGCCUCCGGAAGAUGGGGCAGGAGCUCAAGUCUCUGCUCUGUUGCAUCUUCUGCUGCAAGAAGAAGGCCGCGCCGCGCCUGUCGAGAAGGGGCUCGGAAACAGCGAGUAGCGAGAGUCUGUACAGGAAGAACAGCGUCCGAAGGAACAACAGCGUGCGGAAAAACCAUCUGUCAACUUUAUAGAGCUGAGAGAACGGACAUGAAACUCGUAUACGUGUAUCUACAGUAUCCCCAGUAUCUCUUAGUCUACGGUGCUGGGAGUCAGAAAGAACAGCGUCCGAAGGCAAAACAGCGUUCGGAAGAACCAUUUGUCGACUCUGUAGAACUCAGAGGACCGACAUGAUACUAUACGUGCAACUUAGCCUACGUUAC